AAAUCCCCUGAAUCGGAAAACCGUUUUUCUGACAAAGCCCCCGUCAAUUUCGAUCCGAUUGUUUGGGUAGGAGGCGGCGCUGAAGAAGGAAAACGGAACGGGGUUGAGAAAUGAAACCCGAAAUUAAACCUGGCCUUUGGGAAAAAGUCAAAAUCGAGGUCACCCAAUUCCAGACGAGGGGACGCUGCCCAAGUGAAUUGCGUACAAACAGUCAGGACGGAGCCUCAGUGUAAAUGGAGAAGAGCUACGGGAGUUAAGAAGGGAAAAGGUGGGCAUGAAAUACGCUCGGAUGUGAGUGGAGAGACAGAUGUGCGGAAUGCAGAAAAGUCAUAUUGUGGUGCAUUACGAGGACACCCUUGUAAAAUGAAUACAUAUAAUGGGUCAGAAGGGGUUGAGUCUAUGAAGCUAAGGGUUGGUGAGGUGAAAUUAAUAAUUGGGAGGGUGACACAAACAACUGCUUGUUUGGAGCGUGAGUUGGAGAGAAUGGGUGAAAAAGUGCGGCAUAUCGAACAAUCUAUGUCUGAAAUUGUUAGUGAUGCAGCCAUCGAAGAUAUUGUUAAUGAGGUUGUGGAGGCUGUAAGUGCUAGAGAAAGGGGGAAGAAGAUAUACAUGCAAAAGGGAAUGGGAAUUCCCCGAACAACGGGCGUAACUCGGUUUAGGAAGGCCAAUAUAGAAGCACACAAAGUAAAGGAGCAUGUUAAACGUUUGGUUGAUGAUAUGGAGGUGAAGCGGCUGAAGAGUAAAGGCCGAAAACAGAUGCAUCAGAGCACGAAACGAAAUUUUUGUGCAUUUGCAAAUGAAGGUGUGAUGUCAGGGAAGAAUGCUGAUCUUUUGAGGUUCCUAUUUCGUAAAAACUUUGUAGGUGAAGAGAAGUGGAGCACAGAAGUUGCCCGGUAUGGUGAAUUUGCCGUCACUAGGAUGGAAUUUCAGUGUUUAUCACCAGCAACUUCAUUAUCUUGUAAGGUUAUAAAUAUUUGUGCGGCAUACUUGGAUGAGGCAGACGGCGAUUGUUGGUUUCUUCCCACAUAUUUCGGGGACCGGGCGAGAUGCAAUGAAGAGCAGUCUUGCUUUGCAAAUUGGGUUGCAAGUACGGUUGACAUGUGCGGGUUAUGGAGGUUUCAUCGUCGUCUUCGUUUUUGCUCGAAGAUAUUCAUCCCACUGCAUGACCGUGCGGAUGAUCAUUGGUUCUUACUGGUAAUGAACCUGCUUGAAAAGAAAGCAUUAUUGUGGGAUAGCUAUCCCGAUCCAACCUCGGUGGCUAGGAGAAUGUGUCAUGCACGAGAAGUGGUAAUAUCAUUUCAAUGUAACAGGAUGUUUGAUGUUAGGCAAUCACAAUGGAAUUUAUGUCGUUUAUUAACUGUGGUGUAAGGUGUUUUCAUGCCAAAUGACAAUGUUUGGCGAUGUUUAUUACCACUUUCCAUCCUUCUCAGUGAACUUGGCCGAAGGCCAGCCGACAAAUCCCCAAACAUUUGAUAGCGGAAUAUUCGUCAUUAGGCACAUGCAGCACUAUGUUGACCCAUGGUCAAUAGGGGUUAGUCACUCAUGCAAGAGUCACUGGUAAAUGCAUUGAAAUGAGUUUUCAGAUAUAUGAUAGUUGUGUUCAUGUCAUGACAGUUCAUCUCUGAGGAACACAGGAAUCAGGUUGCUUUAGAAAUAGUAAAGUCUCCCCGGAAUGAACAUCGUCAUGUUGUCAUGGUUGCUGCAGUCGGUACAUCAGUUCGAACCACGACUGUCGGUGGGGAAAAUGCAUUUUGUCCACCAACGGGAAGCAAAUGCCGUAGUCAUCGAAAGCGGAGAGAU